CUCGUAACCAAAGCCAAACGUUUAUUUAACUAAGCACAAAAUAUAAGUGAUUAAUUGAAGAAUAUUUCCUCUAGUUGAACCUAAUCAAAUGUCACUCAGAAAAAAGCAAAAGGAUACAGAGAGACAAUUGAUUGAUAUUGUCAAUUCUCGAGGUAAUGAUAAUAAAUGUGGAGAAUGUGGUAGCCUUUAUCCAACUUGGGCUAGUGUUAAUUUAGGUAUAUUACUUUGUGGUAGAUGUAGUUCAAUUCAUAAACGAAUUUUAACUCCUAAAAAUUUGAGUACUGUAAAAUCAUUAACUUUAGAUUCAUGGUCUCAUGAACAAAUUGAUAAUUUAAGAAGAAUAGGUAAUAAAAAGGCAAAAAGAAAAUGGAAUUCUAAAAAGAUUCCAUUUCCAUAUGAUGGUGAUAAUGAUGUUUCAGCUGUUGAACAAUAUAUUAGAGAAAAAUAUGUUUUAGGAAAAUUUAGAGAUGAUAAUAUUGAACAUUCAGAUUAUGAUGAUAGAGCUAGUAGAUAUAGUAAUGAUAGUAUUGAAGAUAAUGGACGUCGUUCAUCUCGUACUAAUCGAAGUCGUAGUGGAACUACAACUAGUGGGAGACUGAGAUCUAAUUCAAAUGUAAUACCCAGAUUAAGUCAUAGAAAGUUAACUUCUUUUGAAUCUGGUCAAUAUGCUUCACAAGCUUCUAAAAUAUUAAGUUUUGGAUAUUCUAAUAGAGAUUUGAUUGUUGAAAGUUUGAUUUUAAGUAAUGGUAGUAUUGACGCUGCUUUAGACAUUCUUGAACAAGAUGCAAAAGUUAAUCCUAAUGAAGAAGAAAAUCCUCCUGCUUUACCAAGAAGACCCUCAUCAAAUAUUACUCCUACCUCUACAGCUCCUGCUGGGAAUGCAUCUGGUGUACCAACAGCCAGUAGUGGUACUGAUGAAUGGUGGAAUGGAAAUAAUAACAGUGUCAAUGGUGUUGUAGGUGCUAAUGGAGGUCAACCUCAAAUUUAUCAAUAUACUGAUCCUGUUACGGGACAAGUUAGUUAUAUUGAUUCAAAUGGACAACAAUAUCUCGAUCCUACUAAUCCUCAACAUCAGCAACAAAUACUAUUCCAACAAAACCCACAAUUAGUAGCUCAACAGACAAAUAAAAAUCAAAUAUUAUCCUUAUACAAUCAACCCAAUCAAUUCACUACACCUGUGGCAGUACCGGUUCAGCCAGGUCAGCCAACACAACAACAGCAACAGCAGCCUCAGCAAGCUCAACAACCUCAGCAACAGCAAAACCAGCAGCAACCAUUCCAACAACAACCAACACAACUUCCGGGUUAUGCUCAAAAUACGGGGUAUUACCAAUAUGGUCAACCACAAGUUGGGAUAGGUGCUGGUGCGGGUGCUGGAGUUGCUGUUCCACAAUUCACCGGGUUUGCUCAGCCUCAACAACAGCAACAACAACAACAAUUCAAUCCAUAUGGUCAACCUCAAGCACCACCAAAUCAACAAUUUGGAUGGCGGUAGAGAUAUUUUACAUGCAGAGAUCAUAGUGGGGACAUUAAUUAGGUGUUUCUUGGGUAAUGGAUAAAUGUUAAGUAAUUUACAAGUAGAUCACAUAAACAUAAACAUUUCUUUAGCGUUCAUCAUUACUAUUAAAAUUUAUAAUGAAAUCAUAAAAAUACACAAGAUAUAUGCUAAA